AUUUCAAAAAUCAGAGGUCGCUACAAUCUGAUAGCACUGCAGCAAUUGAAGCGAUCGUUGGAUUAGGAUAUUUCACAGAUCAUAUUAGAACGUUGCACCGCAAAUAAGUUAAAGUGCUCUUGAUGAACCAUAUUUCCUCUGAGGAUUAUUCCUGAAAGCCUUGAAUUUGCACUGUAAGUAAAGAUGACAGAAGGAGCGCUUUGUGUUAAUGUCUAUUCAACUAGCUCAACUGCUGAUAAUUUGAGCAGGCAUGAGAUGCUAAACUGGGUGAAUGAUUGUCUACAAACUCAUUAUACCAAGAUAGAAGAAUUAUGUACAGGAGCAGCUUAUUGUCAGUUUAUGGACAUGUUAUUCCCUGGAUGCAUAUCACUGAAAAAAGUAAAAUUUAAAACUAAUUUGGAACAUGAAUAUAUUCAAAAUUUCAAGUUACUACAAGCAGCAUUUAAGAGAGUUGGAGCUGAUAAAAACGUACCAAUUGAUAGGUUAAUCAAGGGAAGGUUUCAAGAUAAUUUUGAGUUUUUACAAUGGUUUAAAAAAUUCUUUGAUGCAAAUUAUAAUGGUCAAGAGUAUGAUGCAUUUGAAGCUCGUGGUGGUAUUCAAGUUGGAACAGGUGCCAAUCCAAGUAAAGCUGGUUCUGGAGGAAAGCUGUCUUCUAUAACCAGACCAGUAGGAAGAACAGGUAAUUAAUGAAAUUUAUUGUAA